UAGCGGGCACCGGCCCCCCCUCUACGCCCGGCAUGGAGCGAUGCGGCGGCACCAGCGCUCCUGGCCCGUCCCCGUCCCGGUCCCCGUCGCCGUCGCCGUCCCCGCCCGAGGACCGCGAAUGCUGCGCGGGGCUGUGGGAGCUGCCGGUGGAGCGCUGCGAGAGGCGGCCGGAGUGUGGCCGCUGCAGCCGUCCUCAGAAGGUGUGUUUGUGCCCAUUCCUGCCCAUACAUCCGCUAAAAGUCUCCACCUGCUUGUAUAUAAUUCAGCAUCCAGCAGAGGAAAGUCGAGUGUUAAGGACAGUACCUUUGCUAGCAGCUUGUCUCCCUCCAGACAAAUGUAAAAUUUUGAUUGGUCGACGUUUUAGUGAAGACAGGUACCCUGAGUUAGCAACUGUGUGCAGAAAUCCCAGUACUCUUAUUUUGUAUCCUGGAGCUGAAGCAACCAAUUUGGAAGAAGUCACUUUGGGGUCUUCCAGUCCACCAGUUAUGAUAAUCAUUGAUGGAACUUGGAGUCAAGCUAAAGAUAUAUUUUACAAAAAUUUACUCUUCCGGCUUCCCAAACAGGUGCAGUUAAAAACCAACAUUUCAAGUCAAUAUGUAAUUCGUACUCAGCCAACAAACACCUGUCUCUCUACACUUGAAUGUGCAGCUGUUGCUCUUACUAUUAUGGAAAAAAAUAAGAAUAUACAGGAGACUAUACUCCGUCCACUUCAAGCUUUAUGCUCUUUCCAGCUUCAGCAUGGUGCCCAGAUCCAUCACAGCAAGGAGCAUCUUCUCAAGAAUGGCUUGUACGACAAGCCAAUGCCAAAGAAUAAGCGCAAACUCAGAAGAAUGGAGCUCUUGGUAAAUAAUGUAAAAAUAUAGGUAAACUGUACCUACAGUAUAGUGGGAUUUAUUUGCAGCUAGCAAAUGAAUAUUAAUCUGGAUUUAAUCCAGACAGAUUCCCAUACUGUAAUAAAACAACUUCUAGGCCCUUCAUAGUCAAGAGUUUAUCUACCAGUAUGACAAACAGCAGUGGAUAAACUUUUUCAUUUUGCAGUAGGCCAGAUGCCUUUGUUCAGAUGAUAGAAGAUCAUUCUCAUUGCCUAUAGAAAAGGAGAAAAUUCUGAGCAUAAUUUAGAGUUAUAUUAUCUCUUGGGUGAAUAGUAUGAUCCUCAAUAAUACUGGAUAAAUUUACUUUGAAGAAGCUUUUAUGAGUAUGAAAAUAAGAAGAAUGUCAAUGUAAUCGAAUGCUGAGGCUUCCCUGUUUAGAAGUAUAUUGAAUUUCUGCUAUUUUAAUUUCAAUAUAUAAUUACAAUAGGUUUUAAAACUGUAAUUCCUUAUGUUAUUUAGGUCUCCUGAGCAUAAGGCAUGCUAUUUGUAUAGUUCUUUUGACUUUGAGAUUUUUAUUUCUUCCAUUAUUAGAAUUCCUUUUUGUAAUUGUAUGUAACAUUUUACAAUGCAGUCAGGUUCAGUUUUUAUCUUAGUCAUAGCUGUUUAAAUUAAGCUCAUAUAUAUAUAUGUAUAUUUACCUGAACACUUCUGAUUUAAAAAAAUAGAAAUAAAAAAAGAUGUGGAGAAAUCAUUUUGGAAUUAUAAUUCAGUAUUUUUUUUUUUUUAUUUUUUUUUAGCAAAACCAGUUUUUCUUCAGGAAGGGAUGAAGGGGGCAUUUUAUGCAUAGGACCAGUAAGAUAACAAGAUAUAUCAUAUCCAUACCCUUACAUACAAUUGUUAUGACAGUUAAGGGAUUAAAAAAACCCAGUGUAAACAGCACAUUCAGAAGUAUGAUGCAAUGAUAAAUGUUUAUUUUUAGAUACAACCUACUAACAUGUUUACAGAUCCAUUAGAUUUAUGUGGGUUCUUUAGUUCUUCUCUUUUAACUGUGAUACAAAAUGUAUUUCUUUCUAAUGUGAAUUGCUACAAGCAGAAGGAUUGGGUAUUUUUUACAAGCUUUGUGAAUUAAUGUUUUAUGAUCUAAAGAAAAAAAAAGAUGAAAUAAAGGUUUUGAUGUUCCUUUC